GAGCAGCAGGAGCAGCAGGAGGAGCAGGAGCAGCAGCAGCAGCAGCGGCAGCAGGCGCGACGCACGGCUCUGCGCGGGGACGUCGCUGCUUGGCCGGGCCCUCGCCGCUCUCAUCAUGGAGUUUUUAAUGGGCAACCCGUUCAGCACGCCGGUGGGACAGCGGAUCGAGGCUGCGACCAGCUCCAGCCUGCCGUCAGAGGACUGGGCCAUCAACAUGGAGAUCUGCGACAUGAUCAACAGCUCAGAGGAAGGGCCCAAAGACGCAGUCAGAGCCAUAAAGAAAAGGAUUGUGGGCAACAAGAACUUCAAGGAGGUCAUGCAGGCGCUAACGGUCCUGGAGACUUGCGUGAAGAACUGCGGCUACAGGUUCCACAUCCUGGUGACGACACGGGAUUUCGUCGAGGGGGUCCUGGUGCGCUCGAUCAUUCCGAGAAACAACCCUCCGUUGGUCCUGCACGACAGAGUGCUCAGCAUCAUACAGGCGUGGGCUGAUGCAUUCCGUAGCUCGCCCGACCUGACGGGCGUGGUGUCGGUGUACGAAGACCUGCGAAGGAAAGGACUUGAGUUCCCCAUGACAGAGCUGGAUGGUUACACGCCCGUCCAAGCUUCACAAAAGACUUUGCCUGGGAACGGGCCCGCUGUCACCACCUUGCCCGCUGCGCUCCUCUCUUCCAAACCUCCGCUCAUCCCACCCCAGACUUCUGAGCUAAAACUGGCCCUGGAGGGAACCAAUGCCUUCACUCCCAGCCAGAUCAAAAAGCUGAAGACAGAGCUGGGAGUGGUGCGAAGCAACCUGACAAUGAUGUCGGACAUGAUGAGUCAGCUGGAUCCUGUCACAGUAAAGCAAGCAGACAUGGAGCUGCUGGAGCAGUUAUACACAGUGUGUAAGGAAAUGCAAGAGAGGAUAGUGAAGAUCGUCCCCAGACUCAGCGAGGAGAAGCUGAUCGAAGAGUUGCUGGCAGCUAACGAUGAGAUGAACACCGCCUUUACUCGCUACCACAGGUUUGAAAGACGGAUAACAAACGGUCCAAACACAGCAGAGAAGAGCCACACGUACGUCAACCUGGCAGACCUCGAUCUGACAGCUGAGUCCAUCAGCCAAUCACGGGGCGCGUCAGUUACCAAUGACAGCUCACUCAGCCAAUCAAGAGCUGACAGUUUGUCCAGUCAGAUGGUCAGACUUAGUACAAGUGAAUCAGAUGACACGUUAUCACAGAAAAUAAGUGUCUCGACUCAACAAAGACCGAGUGAGCAGAGUGAGGCUGCAGUGGACGGCCUGGCUCAGGCUCAGGACAGCAGGCUGCUAAACACAGGAACGGAUGGCAGCCCAGCCUCCACCUGCAGCUCCUCACCAAAGUUAGAUUGGAUGAUUAAAAGGGGAAUGAUUCCUAUCAACCAGUCCAGUGUAAUGGAUGAUAUUGAGAAAUGGCUAGCGCUGGACGAUGAGUAUGAUGACUUUGAGGAUUCAGAUGGUGUGACCAGUGAAGAGUUUGACAGGUUUUUGGCCGAAAGAGCAAAAGCAGCUGAGCGCCUGCCGUCGCUGAGAGCUUCCUCACAGGAUACCAACCACUCUGAGUCUUAAGCUACACUUUAAACCUGCCAAACUAACAAUACUCAUGAGGCUCCUGCGCCAUCGGCUGAGAAGCGGAGAUUUCUUUUAGAUCAAUGGUUGAAUGGCACAUUUGAAAUGGGAAUCACUACCCACAUCCGAGGAAGGCCAUCGUAACUCUGUAUACUGCUCUUUACUGCGGAGCAAAGGUGUUUUUUAACUGCUAAAAAUAAUGUUAUUUGUUGAAGGACCGAGGUUUUUACUUGAUAUUGUUAUGAGGGUUUGUCCAUGUGUGGAAUGCAAACAUUUGCACAUUUUAUAUGGUUACAUUCCUGCUGUUGAAGGAGAGAGAGUGGAUAUUGUUACAGAAAACAAUUUUUGCAACAUAGAUUGUGUAUUAUAUUGCUGAUAUAUAUAUAUAUAUGUUGUCAAACAUGAUGAUGGGUUCCAGAAAACGCCCCUGUCAAAGUAGCAAACACUGUAAAGUUACAUGUAAGAGGAGCUCAGCUAUUACAUAAUAGAAUAGUUUGAUGCUUCACAUCAUUAUUGAUGCAGGAUGUCAGAGAAAACUGAACAAGGUUUUUUUUUUUUUUAACAUCCAACAGUCACUUGUGACGUUGUCUUGAAGUUUAACAGGAAGUCGUGACAGGCUGCUGUCAUCUAUUAAACUAAAACUAUUAACUGGAAGUCUGGCUGUUCUCAUUCCAUCCUCAGAUUGCAGUAUAUUUGCACAUCUUUUUAAAUCCCUGUCUGAUGAUCAGACGUGACUUGUGGCUUUGGUUUUUCUGAAAUGGCUUAAAAAUACACGAGCAUUGCAUCAGUUUAAAAAAGACAGAGCCACAGAGGGUAAGCAGGAUCAGAGUGUGUUUCUGGUAAUGAUUACACUCAAAUGCAAAGUAUUUGUGUUACA